CUGGUCACACUGUUUUUGUAUUUUAAUUAUGUAGGCAGCAUUUGUGUUUUUCUCGCGUGUUUUUUGACUUAAUUUGCUCAAAUUUUCAAUUUAGUUUGGCCAAGCUGCAAAUGCUGCACCCACUAAUUGCUCAAACACACAGUGCUCAAACUAAACGCGAGGCGUUUUAAGUGGAAAACAAAGUGCCAGUUUUUGUAUGUUAUUUUGUUGUUUUUGGGAGAGGACGCGGCGGCGUUGCAACAACAGCGACGCUAUGCGACCGCAUUUCUGAGCGAUAAAAAGGUGUGUGUAGGUGCACUCACUCUCUCUCAUCUGAGUAAGGUGUUGUGGCAAAAACACAACCACGAAAUCUACAGGAACAAUAAGAAAACAGCAGACGGCAGCAGCAUCUACUACACAUACAACAACUACAAUAACAGCAACAACAAAGGCGCCUCUAGGAUCUUCUCCCCUCAAUCCUGUUAAAAUUCAUAUACGCACCACACCACCGAACGAACGAAGCCAACGAAGUAUCCAAAGCAACCUCUGGCGAUGCAAUUGAAAGCGCCCCUCAAGAGCAGAAAAAUGGCCAGUCUUAAAGAUGAGGAACAGGCGGCAACCACAAGCAACAAUUCCUCCUCCAACAACAUCAACAACAACAACAACACAAAUAAUGUUAACAAUAACCAUAGCAGCAGCAGCAGCAGCAACAGUAGGAGCAACAACAACAUCAAUAACAACAACGAGGAUGAUCCCAAGACUCGGCGAGAAAAUUUGGAAGCCAGGAAACUGGCUCUGGAACAGCGACUCAGUGAAAAAAGCUGGCUAUAUCAGCAAAUCCAAAAGCAAGAGACGGCCAUUAUCAAUGGAAACUACGAGCAGAUGAGCAUUAAUGAGUUCUUUGCCCAAUUGGCUCAACAGUAUAAGCAUGAGCAGCAAUUUCAGGCUCUGGCACGUGAAAAUAAUUCCAUUUUGCGAAGGAAACAAAGUACGACGAGCCGGGAAAGCAGGGAAAGUCAAAUGACCAAUAGUAACAACAACAAUAAUAAUAAUAACAACAAUCGACAGUCGGAAACAUUAUCAAAUCGUAGUUCGGAAUAUGAUAAUUAUCAGCCAUCAUCCUCAUCGGCAAAUGCAGGCGGUGAUAUGCUGGUGAUAGGCGUGGCCCAGCAGCAGGCGCAACAACAACCGCCGCUGGUAAAGAGUGCCUUAAAGAAGCGACCCACACCUACACUCAGAGAAAAACAAUAUAUGCGACAGCAGCAACACCAACAACAGCAACAGCAACAAUCGUCACAUUUGUUAAUGAACAUGAACUAUCAGAGAUCCCAACCGGAUGUCAUAUCCAUGUACUCGGCCAACUCCUCCAAUGUGGCCACACUGAGGCAACCACCACAGGUGGCACCACAGCAGCAACCCAUCAUAGUACACUGCGACAAAUAUUACUUAUCGCCCACACAUCAGAGCUACAACGAGGGGGGUUUCAUCAAGUCCAGUCAGAAUAUUAAGAAGUAUGUCUCGCCAUUGGGUUCGCCCAGUAAUCUAAGCUACGAGCAGCAGCAACAGCAGCAGCAGCAGCGUAAUCCCAUGCUCCGGCAACUGGAUGCCAUAUCCUUGGCUCCCAGCUAUGUAUCCGUGGACAUGGAGGCGGCGGCUGUUCAGCAGCAGCAAUACCGUUGGCGUUCUCAAUCACACAUAGCGCCACCUCUAACCCCACCACAAUUGGGCAUUGUAGAGGUGAAAUCACAUUCAAGCGAUAUGCUGGCAGCACCAAUGCCACCUAGUCGCUAUCCCACACACGACGAGAUCUCCCUAUCAUCCGCUUCCACGACGCACAUUGAAAAGAAACCGAAACCCAAACAGUGGCUAGAAUCAUCGCUAGAUGGACCGGCGGUUAUUAGACAAAUGGAUUCACAACCUCACAGUCCGGCAGGAAGUAGCAGUAAUGGAAGCAGUAAUCAACAUGCAGGUGCCAUGGCCGCCAGCUCCAAACCACGCGCCAAGCUCUCCUCACAAUCUAUGUCGGUCUCGGGUCGUCACUACUCCAUGUCCGGGAAUCAAAGACCAACUCAGAAUUAUCCAAGUGCCAGUUAUGCAGUAAACACAAGUACCAAGGCCUUGCUGAGUCAAUCGACAUCGUACCUCAAUGCUAUAGAGCAAACAAUGGGUAUAUCGGUGUCGUAUCCAUUGGAACCGCUGGACAUACCACCGUUUCGUCAAUUACCACCCAAACCGAGUCAAAUGCAACAGCCAACGCCACCACCUAGACCUCCACCGUCUGCCAGUCAGCAGAAUCAGAAUCAAAAUUCCAGCUUGCAUCUAAAUCUCAGUGGGAGCGGAGGACAUGGUCACGGAAAUGCUCUUCAAACGGCAUUGGUAUCACCUCCUUUAAUCGUCGCCACGGCCAGCUUAUCACCGGAUAUACGCAUCGAGUCGCCAAAGAACAUGACCGUAGUGCAACAGGCCACUUUUCAGCCAUACAAGGAGGUUACCAAGCCAUUCGAGAUGUCCGAUUUCUACAAAUACUCCACCAAGUUCAAACAAAAGGAGAGCGGCAAUCCCAACUGACCUAUAAGGUUUCAUGGGAUCCUCCACAUUAUGCUCUCACCCUUUAUUGUGAUUAACUAAACUAAUUUUGUAGCCUUGAGGAGCUACGAAGCAAACGUUGGACACGAAUUACGAAUUUAAAGUUCGUUAGAUAAAUUAUUUAAGAUUCAAGACUAAUCGAAUAUUAAUUUUAACACGAAAAUGCUCAACAAAAUUUGCCAAAAUUAUCACCACUUGACCUAUGGAAAGCAAUUUAUUAUAACAUUUUCGAUAGGACACACAAAAAAACCAGGACAAUAUGAAACAAGCCUUAUGGCAAGAUGCCUAGAAAGUAUGAAAGUACUUUAUAAAUAUUAAAGCAUUUACAAAAGCCCCAUCAUAGCUUAGAGGAAAACUGACUAGCAAUUGUUAUUACAGUGUAUAAAAUGGAAUAUUUACACAACUAAAAUAAUAUUUUUUAUAUUAAUAUACAAACAAAAACUAAAUAGACGCAUAUGGAGUGUUUAAGACUAACUAUUAUUA